AUAAUCUUUGCUGAUGAAUGUACAGAAGCUGAGGGACGUGCUUGGCACAUGCGCCACUUUUGCUGUUUUGAAUGUGAUCGUCAACUGGGAGGAGAACGAUAUGUUAUGAGGGAUGGUCGUCCAUUUUGCCUUCACUGUUUUGAUGCCACUUUUGCAGAAUAUUGUGACUCAUGUGGUGAUCCCAUUGGAGUAGAUCAGGGACAAAUGUCACAUGAAGGGCAGCAUUGGCAUGCCACAGAAAAUUGCUUCCGUUGUCAUGCUUGCCACCUUCCUUUAUUAGGCAGACCAUUUCUACCAAGGAGAGGCCUCAUUUAUUGCUCCGUCCACUGUAGUAAAGGAGAGCCAAGCAGUGGUAAACGAAAUAAGCCACAAGGAGGAAAUUAUGCGAAUGAUGUCCGAACUUCAAGCCCUCUAGUUCCUCGAAGUCCCCUUGUUCCUUAUCGCAAUGUUCCAUCCAGUCAUCCAGUGCAGACCCACAAUCUUUCUCCUCAAGAAACUGAACAAAUCAGCAGUCCCAACAAUAAGGACCCUGUCUUAAAUAUAGAGGAAAAAACAACAGUGGAAAAUGAAAAUUCUGCAAUGAAUGGACGAUCAAGAGAUCCUAUAAAUAUGUCAGAUUUAACUUUAGAUGCUUUAAUGGCAAAAUCACCCCAAGUAUUUGUACAGGUAGUUGAAGAAAUUCAGGAGCAGCGGAAGGAUCGCAGUCGAUAUCAUCAUCGGCGCACAACGGCUCACUUUUCCAUGCCAGAUCUCACAAGAGAUACUGGCUCAGCUACACCACCUGAAAGCCCAACUAAAGUUACACCUGACCAGAACAGUGGCACUGGUACCAGCAGUGGAACGGUUUCUUCAAAAAAACUGAUUGUACGAUUCAGUCCUUCCACUGCUAAGUUGCCUCCCUCAAGUGAAGACGAAGAGCAAAAAGCUCUUUCACAAAAAGUUGAACAUUCUUCAUCCUCUUCAGGGACAGGCAGUGAAGAGACCUUCAACAGAAGUCAAAUAAAUACACCUACAAAUAAAAGAAAUUCAGGUGUUCUUAGAAGCAGAAGCUAUGGUGAUCAAUCUGAACUUGAAUCUAGCUUUCAGAGAGGCAUGAGUGCACCAUGUUCAGAAUCUAGAUAUCAAAGACCAGAUGAGGAUCGAUGCAGUACUUGCUCAAGUUCAAGUUCUGAGGAUGAUCCUUACGAAUUGCCACCAAGGCGAGCAUAUGGAGGAGUACGAAUAUCAUAUGUAAGUAAUGAUGCUCUUGCAGUCGCAAGACAGAGAUCAGGUACUCUUCAAUCGUCCGGUGCAAAAAGUCUACGAAGGAGACGGAAACAGGAUGAAAAAAAUUGUAUUGUGUCUUGACAAGGCAAUCAUUCCCAGAUUCCUAUAGUACAAAUGCUGAAAUCUUGAGCUUCCAAACAAAUUUUUAUUGCCAACACCAGUUAAUGCACCUAUUUUUAUACAAUAUAUUUUUAAAACAUUGUUUUUGAGACAAUUUAUUUAUAAUUAUGUAAUUUGACAAAAGUAAAUUUAGCCUAUGCUUAAUUUUAUAAAAUUAUACAGAAGCAACAAAUAAUCUUUAUAAUUUUUAAAAUUUCUUCUUUAAAUGUCAUCUGAUGACAAACAUUUGCUUGUGCUUUUAACAUUGGAACUUCUCAGUAAGUUUUCAUGAGAUGUUUUAGUGUGCACUGUUAUUAUGAAUUAGGGUUUAAUUACAAUAGAUUCGAGUGAGAAAUAAAUUACAUGAGAAUAUAAAAAAGAAGCCUGCAAAUAAAGAUUAAGUAUUGCACAAUUUUAAAUGAGGAUCUAAAAACACUCAUUACACAUUACUUUUACUAUGUUUAUUCAUAUAUCAUUAUUUGUAUAUUCUUUUACAUAUUUUGUAGCUAUAUAAUUAAGUACUGCUGAGUAAACUGUUUUCUAUAAUGAUAAUGAGUGAGACAAUUUGUAAAUGAUUUUGUAUAAUGUAUUACUUUCAUGAUUUUAUUGUAAAUUCAACCAUAGAACAUGUAAUAAAAUAGAAAUUUCCAA